CACACCAUGGCCUCGCAGGUCGCAGCUAUUUAAUCCUGACGCAUCGUCAAGCCAAGAGUCAGACACGCUCCUGAGAUGGAAACCAUGGCGAGGCUGGCAGCCGGCCGGUUGCUGGUGAUCCUGCUCGCUCUCCAUCUCCUCGUCGCGUCCGUUCACGCAGCUCGUUUCACAAGGGGCUUCAGAGCGAGGAUGGUUGAGGCUCCAGCGUUAGAGGGCGCUGAAGAUGCAGCAGAGGACAAUUGGAGAAGCAACACAUUGGUUGAAGAGGUGUUUGGAAGGAUGGCUUUGCAGAUAACUGACUACCCUGGUUCAAGCCCGAAUGAUCGUCACACACCAAAAGCCCCGGGCCCAUGAUCAAUGACAAAGACAAAUCGCCAGCUAUUGCUGAACCGUGAUGAUGUGUACAGAGUUUAGAAAACUCAUCAUCGGUUGUCUAUCAGCUAGUAAAAAUAGUAGCAACCUUCAAGUGUAAAUUCGUAGCGCGAACGUUUCGUUAAGAUUUGUAGCCUGACUCCUGCCUGAAUUCUUACGUAGUAGCAUCACAGUCCAAAGAAAUACACAGAAAGCUCUCUGUUUGAGAGCAGGGCUCGAUGAAUAUUCUGCUACUUAGAUUAAGGAGUUGUAUGAUUGAAGUAUCUGCAAAUUGUCUGGAUAGACAGGUACACACUGAACUUUCAGACCUUCAGUAGCAUCUGAUCAGUUGUUAAACAAUGACGUCUGACCAUAUAUUCCUCCAAAA